AUGCCUGGUGUCGAACUCAAGGGUAGCUGCCACUGUGGCACCGUCCGCUUCACAGUGAACAGUAGCUCUGCCGUCCCAUACCAGCUCUGCACCUGCUCGAUCUGCCGCAAAUGCGGAGGCUAUGGCGGGAGCGUCAACCUCGGCGGCCACGCUGAUUCCUUGAAGAUUCUUCAGGGAAAGGAAGCUAUCAGCGUAUAUCAAGCAGUCAUGGACCGCGACACGCCGAAGGAGCAUCGUGCAUCUUCCCAGCGCAACUUCUGCAACAAAUGCUCGAGCAUGCUCUGGCUGUGGGACGAGCAAUGGCCGGAGCUCAUCCACCCGUUCGCCUCUGCCAUUGACUCCGAGUUGGCCAUCGCGGACGAAAUGACGGUCGUCCGAACCGACUCCAAGCCCGCCUAUGUUCGCCUUCCGGAGGGCAGAAAACAAGUCUAUGAACUUUACGGGCCGGAGAGCUUAGAGAGCUGGCACAAGAAGCAUGGCCUCUGGGUCGAGUAG